CCCCUGUCGAAUUUCCUUCCACAUGGCUUCUUUCAUCUUUUAGUUUAUCUAUAGCGGACCCUGCAUUCUCAUGGCUAGUACCUUAGGUAGUUAUCACAUAUCUGGAGGACGUUGGAAUCGGGUAUGAUUGCGGAGGCCAUGGGUUCAUUGAGAACAAAGACAUCCUCUCCGUGCUGGAAUCAACUAAAUUAUGCGAGACGAAAGCGUUACCAGGCCUGUCAACGACAGCCAUGAUGAUAUUCACGAUGAUGUCUCGACCACUACUACAGCUACAGAUUUAGACGAGGUUGCCGACGAAAGAUUUGGGAGAAGUACAAAGAGAGAAGGGCAAUGUCGAGAUAAUCCUAUAGUCGAAACAACUUCAAAAUAUCCAACCCCUCCCGCCGACCCAUUCCCUACUCUCGAGAUCACUGCUUCUACUCCCGUCACUCCUAAAUACGAAAAACACGAACCGAGCUAUAACAUGAAUAACGUAAACGAGAUAUUCGCUUCGAAUGGAAACGGCCAUACGUCUUACACGCCUUCGUCGGAUGCUGAAUCGGGCGCCAGCAUCAACGGAAACAUGUCGUCAACUACGACUACAGCUUCUGGCCACGUAGAUAAGUCUGUCUCGAGUCCAUCUACCGAUGCUACCACCAAUUCACGCACACAUUCGAUUUCUAAAUCGGCUACAAAGAAGGCAAGCCACGAGAGUGUCAGGAAGCUUUCUGCCUCCCAGAUGCAAGCCUUAACCUCCUCGCCUGAUUCGCUACCCAUUGCCGUCGUUCCCCCUCAACCUCCCCAGCGCAGGCCAAACGGCACCGAGUAUCCCAUGUCCGCCAGCCUUGCUGAAUCUAUAUCCCGCCCAUCCAUGUCCGGCCAGUUACGAGGCAGUACGCAGAUACCAACCGCAGAUCAAGAAGCAUCUUCGUUAACGUAUCAUGAUGCUCCGAGAACUGCAGCAGACUUCAGGCGACCUCACGCGUCUUCACGAACACUUUCCAGCCCACCCACCAAUAGGAAAUCUUCCGCGGGCCCUACUACAACGGAAUCGAAUUCUACGAGGCGAAAUUCUUUCAAUCCUCUCCCUCGUCCCCUUCCUUUAAACCUUCCGUCCGUUACAUCAAAACCCCCAGUGUCUCCCCCCAAACUAGAUCCUCCCGGUCUGCCGCCGCCGUCUCCUGCGUUACCCACCCUACCUCUUCCGCCUAUGUCUCUCCCCUUACAUCUCCAACUAGAGCUCGCUGGUCAACGGCCUAGUCCUCUAUAUAUCCACCAUUCAUACGCCACAGACGUCCCAUACGAAUCUAGCGCUGUCAAAUUCGAACGGCUCCUGAAUGCUCUCCUCUUACCCCCGUAUCUGGAACGAGUCUUGACCUUCGGAACUUUGGCAUGCCUUGAUGCGUGGCUAUACACAUUCACCAUCUUACCUAUAAGGUUCCUAAUCGCUCUUAGCAUCCUUGUAAAAUGGUGGGCGUAUGUAGUUGGCAAAGAAGCACGGUGGGUUGUUGGUUAUGUCUGGCAAGGUACUUGGCGCCUCUGGCAAAGGGGGAGGAGAGGGGGGGUUAACUCUCAAACCCAAUCCGACAACAACCAUGCAAAUGGCGAGUCGGAGAGAAGUCAGAGCCGAGCAAGGGUGAGUAGCUCCAGCGCCAACCAGAAUGGUACCACGCGACGUCGCACUUCGUCCGAAACUACGGGCGUGUCUACCCAGGACGUCCCUCGGCUAAGUAGCAACGGCGUGUUCCAUCCACCGAAGCAUCCGAUGCCUAGAUCUGGCGGAUUUCGACAUCGUAGGACGAAGUCUAUGCCCUCAAACUUAACGUCUUACAACAAAGCCGACCUCCUCCAAGGAUUUGUUCUUAUCUGCAGCUCCUUGGCAUUGAUGAACCUUGACGCCAGCCGGAUGUAUCAUUUCAUUCGCGCGCAGUCUUCGAUGAAGCUCUAUGUCAUCUACAAUAUUCUUGAGGUUGGCGAUCGCCUUCUCUCAGCCCUCGGACAAGAUAUCUUGGAGUGUCUCUUCAGCUCCGAGACCCUAUCGAGAAAUAGUUCUGGCCGAUCUAAAGUCCUUCUCCCCUUUGGCAUGUUCAUCCUCUCGUUGAUCUAUAAUGUUGUUCAUACCAUGUGCUUGUUCUACCAAGUUAUCACGUUGAACGUGGCUGUGAAUUCAUACUCAAAUUCUCUGCUUAGUCUCUUAAUAUCCAAUCAAUUCGUCGAAAUCAAGGGGAGCGUCUUCAAAAGGAUCGAAAAGGAGAACCUUUUCCAGUUAACUUGUUCUGAUGUGGUCGAACGCUUCCAGCUGUGGAUUAUACUGUUAAUCAUUGGUAUGAGAAACGUGGUGGAGGUAGGAGGGCUGUCCGUGCUAGGAGCUGGUAGUGAAAUAGAUGGAACUUCAAAGCCCGGGCCAGUUCACACCAGCUCAAGUCUGCCCAAUAGUUUCACGGUGCUGCCAUCGUGGAUACUCUCGGGCGAGGUUCUCUCUCCUUUCCUGGUUGUCAUAGGUAUCGAGAUGAUGGUGGACUGGACAAAACAUGCGUUCAUUAACAAAUUCAAUAAUGUUAAGCCGACCCUUUACAGCAGAAUGUUAGAUAUCCUAUGCAAGGAUUACUACACCAAUGCAUUUUCCGCGCCCUCGCUGACUCGACGCUUGGGCUUACCAUUACUGCCGCUUUCUUGCCUCUUUAUCCGAGCCUCGAUCCAAGUGUAUCAUAUGUUCCUCGCCACGCACAUAAGCCCGCCAAUUCCAACGUCGACCACGGAGCUUUCGGUGGAGUCUUCGACACCGUCUUCACCUGCCAUGAUUGCAGCCCUAGAGCAUCUCGACACACUUCUUAGGAAUGCUCUAGGCCGGGCGGUAUAUGGAAAUCCGUACGGGUCGCCCGAAUCCCGUUCGUUCUUGGCUUUCUCUUCGGAUGACGCGAUUGCUCUUCUCACGAUGAUAAUAUUCUUCUUUCUCACCUGGAUUGUGCUUCUUAUCGUGAAGCUCCUCCUGGGCAUGGCUCUACUCCGAUAUUCCAAGGAGCGGUAUGCCGCAAUGAAACGCAAGGAACACGCAGUAGCUACCGGUAAGGCGGAGCGUGAGAACUUCUCGCAGCUGGGGAAGCGCAUUGGUUCGUGGGGUGCGGUGGAGGUGGGAGAAGACCGUAGGAAAUGGAUAUACGAAGACGAUAAAGAAGGGCUAAAGAAGAUGCGUGAACGAGAACGGAAGACGGAAGAGAAAUUCAAAGAGAAGGGAGAUGAUGGGCUUUCUAAGGUGAUGAGGUAUGAGAUGGUGGCUAAAAGGAUAUGGUGAGGAACGGAGAGAGAGAGAGGGG